AUUCCAGCUCCGAGGAGGAGGAUGAUGACGAUGAGGAGGAAGAGGAGGAAGCAGAGGACUAUGGCACGGAUGGCACAGACAGGCUGUCGUCGCCUGCCCUGGAUGAGAGUGGCCUGGGCCUUCUGGCCAGGUUUGCUGCCAGCGCCAUGCCCAGCCCCAUCGUUCCCCCUCCGCUCUCCAUCAUCCAGCUGGAGGCCAAGCAGAAGGCCAAGAAGAAGGAGGAGAGGCAGAGCCUGAUGGGGACAGAGUUUGAGUACACUGACUCGGAGAGCGAGAUCAAGAUCAGGAAGAAGUCUCCCUCGGGGCUGCUGCGCGGCAAGAAGGGGCCGCUGGAGCCCAGCAGCAUCCCGGCCAGCCAGGCCCCCAGCAGCCUGGACUCCACAUCUGGGAGCGCUGACAAGGCCAAGCUGGGCUCUGAGAAAGGCCGAAAGCUGAAGAAAUUCAAAUCCCCCAAGGACCUGAGCUUUGAGUUCGGGCUGGAGGCCAGCGAUGACGACCUGUGGAACCGGCGCCGCAGCGAGCGCAUCUUCCUCCAUGACGCCACCACCUCCUCGGCCAUGCUGACAUCCACAGCCCCUGCCAGCUCCACCCCUGUCCCCAAACCUGGCCGCUGCGGCAAGGGGGCCCCCAUGAGCCCCAAAAAGGAGAGCAGCAAGGGCAAGGACAGGAAGGAGCUCAGCAAGCAGCGGAAGAAGGGUAAAGAAACGCCCUGCUGCUCCUCCUCCUCAUCCAUGUCUCCUCCUGGCAUCCCCAGCUCCCCUUCUGAUGUUCGGGUCAGCCUGGCAAGUGCCCUGGGCUCCACCAAGAAGAGCAAAGCUAAGGUGAAAGCCAAGGAGGUGAAAAAAGAGAACCGAGGGAAGGGAGGAGCUGUCAGCAAGCUCAUGGAGAGCAUGGCAGCAGAGGAGGAUUUUGAACCCAACCAAGACAGCAGCUUCUCAGAGGAUGAGAACAUCCCACUGAGCAUGCUGGUUGAGAGGCCACCCACACCAGCUCCCCGCUCCUGCAUCAUUGACAAGGAUGAGCUGAAGGAUGGCCUGCGUGUCCUCAUCCCCAUGGAUGACAAACUGCUCUAUGCUGGGCAUGUCAAGACAGUGCAUUCACCAGACAUAUACCGCGUGGUGGUGGAGGGCGAGAGGGGGAACCGUCCCCACAUUUACUGCCUGGAGCAGCUCCUGCAGGAAGCGAUCAUCGAUGUGAAGCCCCCCUCAGUGCGGUUCCUGCCCGAGGGCACGAGGAUUGCGGCCUACUGGAGCCAGCAGUACCGCUGCCUCUACCCAGGGACAGUUGUCCGAGGAACCCUGGAUCUGGAGGAAGAUGGUGAUCUCAUCACCGUAGAGUUCGAUGACGGGGACACGGGACGCAUCCCACUGUCUCACAUUCGGCUUCUCCCACCUGACUACAAGAUCCAGUGUGCUGAGCCUUCCCCUGCCCUUUUGGUGCCCAGCACCAAGCGCAGAAGCCGUAAAUCCAGCAAAGACACUGGAGAAGGAAAAGAGGGAUCUGCCCUGGGGUCAGAGGAGCCUGUGUCAAAGGGCAAAGGGCGAGGCAGAAAGCCAAGUGUCAAGGCCAAAGCUGAAGAGGCUGCCUUGCCUGAAGAGAAGGAGCAGGUGGAAUCUUCACCUGUUACCUCCUCAGUCCCAGAGAAGCCGGCCUGCUUGAGCAAGCCAAGCAUGAAGGGGUCGCGAAAAUCGCAACCGCUGCCGACUGGAGGCUCUCCCGCUCCCACAGAGGAAAAGCGCUCAAAAGCCAGCAAAAUGAAGAUCUCCACGAAGCUGCACAGCAACCCCCAACCCUCUUACCAGCCUGCUGUGUUUGGCAGCAUCCUGGGCACGGAGCCCUAUGGCGAUCUCCCGGGAACGCUGGCGGCCUUUGGCUCCAGCGAUGCUUCGGUGUCCAAAGCCAAGGCCAAGAAAGGGCGGCCCACAGAGGAGACACAAGAGUUUGGCACCAUGGUCAAGGCUCAGAGGAAGCAUGACAAUGAAAUCCUGAUCAAGCUGGACCAUGAGGGUGUGAUGUCUCCAAAGACAAAAAAGAUGAAGGAGGCGAUGAGGAUGCUGGAGGACUCGAACCUGGCCAGUCGCAGAGAUGGGAAGAGUCUCUUGGGGCUGGGCUAUUCUGCUGCAGUGAGUGUGGAGGGCAAGCAGAAAUCUUCCCGAGCCAAGGUGGCUGAGGGAGACCCUUCCCCUGCCAGCUUUGGGGGAAAGUUUGAUGCCUCAGCAGAGAGCCUUGCUGCCUCGAAGGACCAGGAAGAAAAGGCAGCAGCUCCAGCAGGUGUGGAGGAGUCUGAGAGCAACAGCAGUGACAGCAGCUCAGAGUCAGAGGGAGAAGAGGAGGCUGAGAAGAACCAAGGGGAAGCCCAGGACAGCAGCUCAGCCAGCUCAAGAGCAUCCACCCCUCUCUCUUCCUCCAACUCCUCCUCUUCUUCCUCUUCUAGCAGCAGCUCCUCUUCAUCUUCAUCUUCCUCCUCUUCCUCCACCUCAUCAACCUCUUCUUCAUCAAGCUCCAGCUCUUCUUCCUCCUCCACUACGGAUGAAGAUUCCUCGUGUAGCUCUGACGAUGAAGUAGCUGAGGCCCAGCCGAGUUCCUCGGUGCAGCAAACCCUCCCAGCCAAGCCAGCCAAGCAGGCAGGGAAAUCCCGGGCGUCCUCCCACCCGCAGAGCCAGAAGCAGCCGGCGCAGCAGCCGCAGCAGCAGCCGCAGCAGCAGCCGGCAGCGCCGCAGGGCGGCAACAAGAGCCGGCCCAAGAAGCGCGAGGGCAUCCACCUGCCCACCACCAAGGAGCUGGCCAAGCGCCAGCGCCUGCCCUCCGUGGAGAACAGGCCCAAGAUUGCCGCUUUCCUCCCGGCACGGCAGCUGUGGAAGUGGUUUGGGAAGCCCACACAGAGACGAGGAAUGAAAGGGAAGGCCAGGAAGCUGUUCUACAAGGCCAUCGUGCGGGGCAAGGAGAUCAUCCGCAUCGGGGACUGCGCCGUUUUCCUCUCCGCCGGCCGCCCCAACCUGCCCUACAUCGGCCGCAUCCAGAGCAUGUGGGAGUCCUGGGGCAACAACAUGGUGGUCAGAGUCAAAUGGUUUUAUCACCCAGAAGAAACCAACCCUGGGAAGAAACUCAAUGAAGGCAAGCGCUGGGAUCAGAAAUCGGGCAGGAGUCUGGCCACAGCUUUGCAGGCAUCCAACCAGAGGAAGGACUUUAUGGAGAGAGCCCUCUACCAGUCCUCCCACGUGGAUGAAAAUGAUGUCCAGACCAUCUCACACAAGUGUCUUGUUGUUGGUCUGGAUCAGUAUGAGCAGAUGCUAAAGACAAAGAAAUACCAAGACAGUGAGGACCUCUACUACCUUGCAGGGACCUACGAGCCCACCACGGGCAUGAUCUUCAACACUGACGGGGUCCCUGUCAUCUGCUGACUGCCCAGGGCACACAUGCCAGCCCCUGGGAAGGGAUGGGACAAACCUGAGGACGUGCCUGUUCAGACGACAUGAUUGUUUCUUUCAAUGCUCAUUUCUGUGUCACACUACAGACAGGAGAGCGCGAGAGACGCGAGGAGGAAGGAGAAGGCUGAAGAAAGGGGUUGGGGAAGCAGUUACAGGACUCGAGGAAGAUGCCAUUGAGGGGGUGGUGGUGGUGCUUGAACCCCAAGGCUCUUCUGGAAGUGGCUUUAAGUACGGUGACACUUGACCAACUUCUCCCUUCCUCCUUUUGGUCCAGGAAAGCACAUGGGUCUCGUGAUCAUUUCACCAGCGGGACCCCCCGGCAGGAGGGAUCCCUUUUGUGUCAUUUUCCCCAUCAGUAACUCGGAAGCCGCCCGCACGUGGAAGCACCCUCUUGCCUUCUGCGUGCGCUCCUCUCCGUCCUUAUAUUCCCUUUCCUGCUUAGUUUCGCAUGACCCUUUAUAGGAAGGACAGGGUGAAAGAGAAAGGAGAUGAGUCUCUCUCAGCGCCUCGUCUCGAUCCUCUCAGCGCCUUUUUGCUGUUCCCUUUCCCUGGAGGCCCCUCUGGCAGCGUGUGGAGCACGACAGGGCAGGGCUGGCUCCAGCAGAGAUGGCAGAAGAGAAUCCUCUGGCCUGGGAGGAGCCAGGUGGAAGAGGGAGCCAACAUCCAGUCUUGGAAGCUGCCUUCCCACUGCCUUGAACAAACUGAACCCUCUGCAGCUCUGCACCCCUUCUGCCUUGCAAAGGAGGGAGCAAGCAAGUGGCAAAGGGGGUGACACGUGGCAAACUGAGACCUCAUCUUGGAGCGUGCAGUGAAGGGGGAGGAAAAGACUGGGGAAAAGCGCAGUGAAGGGGCAGGAAAAGACUGGGAAAAGCUGCAGUGAUGGAGCAGGAAAAGACUGGGAAAAGCUGCUGCUUGGUGCUUGGAGGAGAGAAGAUCAGAGGCCACUGGAUUCUGGCAUCCCUCACCCAGCUUUACCCACCAUGCCUUGCCUGUGCCGUGAUGUGGAGCUGCUGGGAAGCCUUGCCCAUGGUUUGAAGGGAAUGGUGCAGUGUGUGAACCCGGCUGUGCCUGCCCACGGCGCUCCCACAGCCAGAGCCCCGCUGCCACCCUGGGCUCAGGGACUGCACCGUUCAGCUGCCUCCAUCCACAGAGGAGCUGAGUUUCCCUUGGGCGCUGCCACUGCUGCUCCAGGGUUACACCUGGCAAGAGGGAACACUGGAGGAGAACCUGAGGAGAACGACGCACCAUCCUUGCACUUAAACAAAACUCCAAGAGACGCACUGAUCUUUGCAACUCCCGACUCGCACUACGGAUGGCCGGGACGCGGAGCGGGGCGACGCUUAAGCCAAGGACAGAUUGGAAACUCUCCACCCUGGCAGCGUACCAGAGACUGGAGGCCAGGGCUCAGGGGUGAGGGACAGCCCCACAGAGUUACCCCUCGUCCUUUAAACAAACCACACAUGGUGCUGAGCUCGUACCAUCUCCAGCCCGGGCCACCGGCGGACAGUGACGGUUCUAGCCUGUACAGUUUUAAUGUACCAAAAGACUCUUUAGCCCUCCUGUAUUAUAAGUCUUUAAAUGGAUUCAACUUUUUAAUUAUAAAUAUAAAUAUAAAUAUAUAUAUAUAAAUAUAAACUUUUUAAAACUGUGAAAAAAAUUAUGAAAUUAUAAAAAACAAAAAAAGAAAAAAACCCACAACGGCAGAAAUGAACACAGUCUGACGUUUAGAAUAUUAUUUUUUAUUUCCUGUUGGAUUGUGAUUGUAAAUGAUCUGGGAACAGGCACACCCCCCACGCUCAAAGUGUACUGUACUUCUAGAAGCAAAUUGUGUGAGCAUAUUUUAAAGAGCGAGAGAGAGAGCGCGCGAGAGAGAUUUUAUGCUAAUGUUAAAUAGAAAGCACUUAAAACCCACUGCCUUCUAUGGAACACAAGGAUAUUUCAGACAAUCGAGAGGAAAGGAGAGCCAGGUUUUUGUCUUUUUGUUUUGUUUUGUUUAUGUUUUGUUUAAAACAAUUUUUUUGGCAUUCUGUUUGUUGGAGAACUCCGUGUGAUCUUUUUUCAUAAAAAAAAAAAAAAA